ACUUCAUCCUUGCCUUCUUGCUCAUAUUCAAAGGGAGAACAAUCAAGAACAAACCAAGGUUUGUUCUCCCUCAUUUGUACUUUGCACUUUAAUUAAUAAAAUCAUUUAAGAUGGGUAACUGUGCUGGCCGCUCCAAGACCAACAAAAGUGACGUGCCCGUCCCUGAGCUCGUCACUGAGGAGGUUAAGGUUGAACAACAAGCUGAGGAGACCAAAUCAGAGGAGACCGUCGAGGUUUCCAAUGAAAAGUCUCUAAACACCUUGCUCAAUGAGAAAGUAGAAGAAAAGAAAGAAGAAGCCAAUGAGGAGGUGAAGGCAGAGGAAGAGAAACCCAAAGCUAAGGAAGAGGCAAAGGAUGAAGUCACCGAAGCUAAGGCUUAGAACUAAGAACGUGCAACCGUCGUUAGUUUAAACCUAAAUCAUGUAAUUUUUUCCCAUUUUGUGCUUCAAGACAAUUCAUUUAAUUAUUAUGGAAAUUGAGUGAUUUUUAUUUAAAUUUUGUUCCUGGAAUUCAUUUUUAUUAAAUGCAAUUUAAUGU